AUGAGCACCCCAACCCCAACCCCCACCGUCGACGCGACGACCACAGCCCUCGACUCCACGCACCUCAACGGCACCUCCGCAGAAACCGAAGCCGGCCUCUUCACAUCCGACCUCGUAUCCCCGACCAUCGCCGCCUCCCUCCCAGACACGUACACCCUGCGCUCCCUCCGCAAAAGCGACUACGCGCGCGGCUUCCUCGACUGCCUGCGCGUCCUGACCACGGUAGGCGACGUCACGGAAGCCCAAUGGGACGAGCGCUACACGUGGAUGAACACGCAGGGUAAGGGGGGUUACUACCUGCUGGUUGUAGAUGAUGGGACGCGGAUCGUUGGGACUGGGGCGUUGAUCGUGGAGCGGAAAUUUAUUCAUAAUCUAGGCAUCGUGGGACAUAUCGAAGACAUCGCGGUUGCGAAAGACCAACAGGGGAAGAAACUCGGGCUGAAGAUUAUCCAAGCGCUGGACUUCAUUGCCGAGAACAUUGGCUGUUAUAAGAGUAUAUUGGAUUGUAGCGAGGCGAACGAGGGUUUUUAUGUCAAGUGUGGGUUUAAGAGGGCGGGGCUGGAGAUGGCGCAUUAUUAUGAGGCGACGAAAAGUACAUGA